AUGUUUAACAUCUUGAACACUAACAGGAGCCAGAAAAUCAAGGGAACUGUGGUGUUGAUGCCCAAAAAUGUUUUGGACUUCAACGCCAUCACUUCCAUCCCUAAAGGCAGUGUUCUUGACGCCCCGGGAAAAAUCAUCGGCGGCGUCACCGGCAUUGUCGGCGGAGUUGUUGACACUGCCACUGCCUUCUUAGGCCGUAAUGUCUCUAUGCAGUUGAUCAGUGCCACUAAAACUGAUGCUGGUGGAAAAGGCCAAGUUGGACACGAAGCGUUUUUAAGCAGUCAUCUUCCUCGAUUACCAACAUUGGGAGCAAGACAAGAUGCAUUCAGUAUUUAUUUUGAAUAUGAUGCUAAUUUUGGAAUCCCUGGAGCUUUUUACAUAAGAAACUAUACUUCAGCUGAGUUCUUUCUCGUCAGUGUGACUCUUGAAGAUAUUCCUAACCGUGGAUCUGUUCAGUUUGUUUGUAACUCAUGGAUUUACAAUUUCAGAAGUUACCAAAAGGACAGGAUCUUCUUCACCAAUGAUACGUAUCUUCCAAGUCAAACACCAGCUGCAUUGAAUCACUUUAGAAAAGAAGAGUUGUUGAAUCUAAGAGGAGAUGGAACCGGUGAACGUAAGGUGUAUGAUAGGAUAUAUGAUUAUGAUGUUUAUAAUGAUCUUGGAAAUCCUGAUUACGGCGACAAAUUUGUUCGUCCGGUGCUCGGAGGGUCUAGCACCCAUCCUUACCCUCGUAGGGUUAGGAGCGGUAGAAAAUCAACCCGAAAAGACCCUAAGAGCGAAAGACAGGGUGAGAUUUAUGUUCCGAGAGAUGAAAACUUUGGUCACUUGAAGUCAUCGGACUUUCUUAUGUAUGGAAUAAAGUCGAUUUCCCAAACUGUCAUGCCUUUGCUUAAAUCUGUGAUUUGUGACGAGUUCAGUAGCUUCGAUGAUGUUCGUGGACUUUACGAAGGUGGGAUUAAGCUUCCUACUGAUAUACUCAGCCAAAUUGCCCCCUUACCAGCUCUUAAGGAAAUCUUGCGCACCGAUGGUGAACAAGCCCUCAAGUUUCCGCCACCUCAAGUAAUCAAAGUUAGCAAAUCUGCAUGGAUGACUGAUGAAGAAUUUGGGAGAGAGAUGGUUGCUGGUGUAAACCCUUGCGUGAUUCGUCUUCUUCAAGAGUUCCCUCUGAAAAGUACUCUUGAUACUGUCGUGUACGGGGAUCAGUCUAGUACAAUAACAAAAGAACAGUUAGAGACGAACCUCGGCGAGCUCACAGUAGAACAGGCACUUAAUGGAAAGAGAUUAUUCGUCUUAGAUUACCAUGACGCGUUCAUGCCGUUUCUAGAGAGGAUAAACAUAAGAGCAAAGGCUUACGCCACUAGGACAAUCUUGUUCUUGAAAGAUGAUGGAACUUUGAAGCCAAUAGCCAUUGAAUUGAGUCUGCCACACUCAAAUGGGGUUCAAUAUGGUGCUGAAAGCAAAGUAAUCUUGCCUGCAGAAGAUGGCAGUGUCGAAAGUACAAUUUGGCUAUUGGCCAAGGCUCAUGUGAUUGUAAAUGACUCAUGCUACCAUCAACUCAUGAGCCAUUGGUUGAAUACUCAUGCGGUGAUUGAACCAUUCAUCAUAGCAACAAACAGGCAUCUAAGUGUGCUUCACCCGAUUAAUAAGCUUUUAUAUCCUCACUUUCGUGACACGAUAAAUAUCAAUGGACUUGCUCGUCAAGCUCUAAUCAAUGCCGAUGGCAUUAUAGAGCAAACAUUUCUGCCCGGACCAAAUUCCGUUGAGAUUUCUUCAACCGUUUACAAGAAUUGGGUUUUCACUGAUCAGGCAUUACCUGCUGAUCUUAUCAAGAGAGGAUUAGCUGUCGAGGAUCCUUCAUCCCCCCACGGACUUCGUCUUGCCAUAGAAGACUACCCUUAUGCUGUUGAUGGGCUAGAAAUAUGGGAUGCUAUCAAGGCAUGGGUCCAAGAGUACGUCUCGUUAUAUUAUCCAACUGAUGAAGCAGUGCAAAAGGACACUGAAAUACAACCUUGGUGGAAGGAAGCCGUAGAAAAGGGUCACGGUGACUUGAAAGACAAGCCAUGGUGGCCUAAGAUGCAAACUAUUCAAGACUUAGUUCAAUCUUGCUCCAUUAUCAUAUGGACUGCUUCUGCUCUUCACGCAGCUGUUAACUUCGGACAAUAUCCUUACGGAGGAUACAUCCUUAACCGUCCAACUCAUAGCAGAAGAUUCAUCCCAGAGAAAGGAACUCCAGAAUACGACGAGAUGGAGAAAAGUCCUCAAAAGGCGUAUUUAAAAACAAUUACAUCAAAAUACCAGACUCUUAUUGAUCUCUCCGUGAUUGAGAUAUUGUCAAGACAUGCUUCUGACGAGGUGUACCUCGGCGAGAGGGAUAGCAAGUAUUGGACAUCUGAUUCGAGGGCAGUACAAGCCUUCACAAAGUUUGGAACCAAACUAGCUGAAAUUGAAGGGAAAAUCCAUAGCAGGAACAACAAUUCUAGUUUGAAAAACCGCUACGGACCAGUGCAAUUGCCCUACAGUUUGCUCGUUCGAUCAAGUGAAGAAGGUUUAACUUUCAAAGGAAUUCCCAACAGUAUCUCUAUUUGA